UCCGUAACCGCGAGCUGAACACCGGCGUACAGCCUAUAGCAAAGGCGUCCACACACCGGAGGGAAGACUCGUCAGACCCCAAACGAACCCCGCCGUCUACUCACCGCGCCUCGACCUCGACCUCGCCGGCGGCGGAGCCAGAUGGCGUCGACGACGUUCCGGCGCUUCGGCGUGGCGGCGGCGGCCGCCGCGUUCAUCGCGCUCGCGGCCUUCGGAUCCGCCUCGGCGUCCAAGACGGCCUUCGUGAAGUCCACCGUCAAGGCCCACGACGUCGUCAUCUUCUCCAAGUCCUACUGCCCGUACUGUAAAAGGGCAAAGGCUGUGUUUAAGGAACUUGAACUGAAGAAGGACCCAUAUGUCGUCGAGCUUGAUCAGCGAGAGGAUGGUGGGGAAAUCCAGGACGCCUUAUCCGACAUGGUUGGCAGGCGUACUGUUCCUCAGGUUUUUAUCCGAGGAAAGCACUUGGGAGGCUCUGAUGAUACCGUUGAUGCAUAUGAAAGUGGCGAGCUGGCUAAACUUCUGAAUAUUAGUGUCAAGGACGAUCUUUGAAUAUCAUUUUAGCACAAAUAUCGUCCUUCUUGUUUCGAGGUUACAAAGGCCUUGCAAUGCAACUAUGGAUUAUCAUUUUCGCAGAACCCAUCACCGGUAUUCGUGUUAAAGUAUAAACUGUUUUAACCA